AUGGCACAGCGUGAGCCGGCUGAGUGGGAGGUGCCGCUGGGUCUGGGCGAAGAAGACCGGCAGCAGCUUCGCCGUAUUAUAGGCGCGUUUCCCAAACUGACGUUUGCCGCUGGCUAUGGCUCCGGGGUCGUGCCACAAGCCGACGCCACCAAGCUCACCAAGAAGCCGAUGAAGGACUUCAUCUUUGCAGUGGAAGACUCGCGGCGGUGGCAUGAGGCCAAUAUCGCAACCAACGGCGGACACUACUCAGGCGUGGCCUGGCUCGGUAGCAGCGUCGUGGCGCGGCUGCAAGAGGACGUUGGUGCGUCCAUCUACUACAACACACAUGUUCAGCUGCUCGACGAGACAAUCAAGUACGGCGUGAUCAGCAGCAAGCACCUCAUAUCCGAUCUAGUCAACUGGGACACGCUCUAUGUGAGCGGACGGAUGCAAAAGCCGGGAAGCGACGAGAUCAUGAGUGCCAACCAAGCCAACCUAGAGAGUGCAUUGAGCUCGGCUCUUCUGCUCGCGCCAGCACAGUUGCCACAGCGCCAACUAUGGGAAACGAUCGCCGGCCUAUCUUAUACAGGGGACUUCCGGAUGCAGUUCGGGGAGAAUCCCAACAAGGUGAAGAACAUCGUGACGGACAAGAACGCCGAGGCAUUCCGCCUCAUGUACCGCCACAGCUGUGACAAGUUGCAGCACCUACUUCGAUUGGAAGAUGACACGGUGGUCCAGGAUACCAGCCGUGCCGCGCGCCAGGACCUACUGCUGCGAUUGCCGGCCAGGCUCAAGGCCAACGUGGAGCGCCAGACGGGGCAGUCCCUGGUAGAUCUCAGCGGUGCCCCCGUGCAGACGAUCGCCAGUGCCGUGGCCAGCGGCAUCUCCACGCUCGUCAAGUCAUCCUCGCGCUCCCAAAGCUUGAAAGCUGGUCUGGUCAAAACGAUCGUCUACAGCGCCAACAAGAUCGCCAAGAUGCGAAACGCAACCAAGUAG